AUGUGCGAGGCGGAGGACGAUCCCGUCGAUGCAACUCCAGCAUUAACAUCAGAUCAUCAGCAUACACAAAGCCACCAAGAGACAAAGCCACCAAGAGACAAAGCCACCAAGAGACAAAGCCACCAAGAGACAAAGCCACCAAGAGACAAAGCCACCAAGAGACAAAGCCACCAAGAGACAAAGCCACCAAGAGACAAAGCCACCAAGAGACAAAGCCACCAAGAGACAAAGCCACCAAGAGACAAAGCCACCAAGAGACAAAGCCACCAAGAGACAAAGCCACCAAGAGACAAAGCCACCAAGAGACAAAGCCACCAAGAGACAAAGCCACCAAGAGACAAAGCCACCAAGAGACAAAGCCACCAAGAGACAAAGCCACCAAGAGACAAAGCCACCAAGAGACAAAGCCACCAAGAGACAAAGCCACCAAGAGACAAAGCCACCAAGAGACAAAGCCACCAAGAGACAAAGCCACCAAGAGACAAAGCCACCAAGAGACAAAGCCACCAAGAGACAAAGCCACCAAGAGACAAAGCCACCAAGAGACAAAGCCACCAAGAGACAAAGCCACCAAGAGACAAAGCCACCAAGAGACAAAGCCACCAAGAGACAAAGCCACCAAGAGACAAAGCCACCAAGAGACAAAGCCACCAAGAGACAAAGCCACCAAGAGACAAAGCCACCAAGAGACAAAGCCACCAAGAGACAAAGCCACCAAGAGACAAAGCCACCAAGAGACAAAGCCACCAAGAGACAAAGCCACCAAGAGACAAAGCCACCAAGAGACAAAGCCACCAAGAGACAAAGCCACCAAGAGACAAAGCCACCAAGAGACAAAGCCACCAAGAGACAAAGCCACCAAGAGACAAAGCCACCAAGAGACAAAGCCACCAAGAGACAAAGCCACCAAGAGACAAAGCCACCAAGAGACAAAGCCACCAAGAGACAAAGCCACCAAGAGACAAAGCCACCAAGAGACAAAGCCACCAAGAGACAAAGCCACCAAGAGACAAAGCCACCAAGAGACAAAGCCACCAAGAGACAAAGCCACCAAGAGACAAAGCCACCAAGAGACAAAGCCACCAAGAGACAAAGCCACCAAGAGACAAAGCCACCAAGAGACAAAGCCACCAAGAGACAAAGCCACCAAGAGACAAAGCCACCAAGAGACAAAGCCACCAAGAGACAAAGCCACCAAGAGACAAAGCCACCAAGAGACAAAGCCACCAAGAGACAAAGCCACCAAGAGACAAAGCCACCAAGAGACAAAGCCACCAAGAGACAAAGCCACCAAGAGACAAAGCCACCAAGAGACAAAGCCACCAAGAGACAAAGCCACCAAGAGACAAAGCCACCAAGAGACAAAGCCACCAAGAGACAAAGCCACCAAGAGACAAAGCCACCAAGAGACAAAGCCACCAAGAGACAAAGCCACCAAGAGACAAAGCCACCAAGAGACAAAGCCACCAAGAGACAAAGCCACCAAGAGACAAAGCCACCAAGAGACAAAGCCACCAAGAGACAAAGCCACCAAGAGACAAAGCCACCAAGAGACAAAGCCACCAAGAGACAAAGCCACCAAGAGACAAAGCCACCAAGAGACAAAGCCACCAAGAGACAAAGCCACCAAGAGACAAAGCCACCAAGAGACAAAGCCACCAAGAGACAAAGCCACCAAGAGACAAAGCCACCAAGAGACAAAGCCACCAAGAGACAAAGCCACCAAGAGACAAAGCCACCAAGAGACAAAGCCACCAAGAGACAAAGCCACCAAGAGACAAAGCCACCAAGAGACAAAGCCACCAAGAGACAAAGCCACCAAGAGACAAAGCCACCAAGAGACAAAGCCACCAAGAGACAAAGCCACCAAGAGACAAAGCCACCAAGAGACAAAGCCACCAAGAGACAAAGCCACCAAGAGACAAAGCCACCAAGAGACAAAGCCACCAAGAGACAAAGCCACCAAGAGACAAAGCCACCAAGAGACAAAGCCACCAAGAGACAAAGCCACCAAGAGACAAAGCCACCAAGAGACAAAGCCACCAAGAGACAAAGCCACCAAGAGACAAAGCCACCAAGAGACAAAGCCACCAAGAGACAAAGCCACCAAGAGACAAAGCCACCAAGAGACAAAGCCACCAAGAGACAAAGCCACCAAGAGACAAAGCCACCAAGAGACAAAGCCACCAAGAGACAAAGCCACCAAGAGACAAAGCCACCAAGAGACAAAGCCACCAAGAGACAAAGCCACCAAGAGACAAAGCCACCAAGAGACAAAGCCACCAAGAGACAAAGCCACCAAGAGACAAAGCCACCAAGAGACAAAGCCACCAAGAGACAAAGCCACCAAGAGACAAAGCCACCAAGAGACAAAGCCACCAAGAGACAAAGCCACCAAGAGACAAAGCCACCAAGAGACAAAGCCACCAAGAGACAAAGCCACCAAGAGACAAAGCCACCAAGAGACAAAGCCACCAAGAGACAAAGCCACCAAGAGACAAAGCCACCAAGAGACAAAGCCACCAAGAGACAAAGCCAUGA